AAACCCCUCGUUUUUCAUACUUUGAAACCCAUCAAAGGCAUCCCCUAGCAAACCCGUGCUCACCUAUUACUCAUUCACACUCACCACACUCACUACAAUCAUGGAACCGGCUGGCUUGGCUGUAGGCAUCCUUGGUCUUGCUGGUGUCUUCAGCAACGCUGUAGACUGUUUCGAGUACGUUCAACUGGGCCGCAACUUCAGUACGAAUUUCCAAACCAGCUUGCUCAAGCUGGAUAAUGCGAGGCUACGACUUUCGCGAUGGGGCGAAGCCUUAGGUGUGAACGGCAAUUAUGGCGCUAUUCAAACACUACAACAAACAACAUUCCCGGAGGAAGAUGUAAAAAGGGCGGAUGAAUUACUAGGACAAAUACUCCAUUUGUUUGAUGAAGCCCAGAAAGCAUCUGAGCAGUAUAAGAGAAAGAACAAAUCCGACGGCUCUUCCCUCGCCGUGCUCGAUGUACAGGCAGAAAUGGACAGCGCAGGCCAAUCCUUGCACGAGAAGAUGCGCAGUCUCUGCAUCAAGCGACAAAAAAAGACAUCGCUGAAACAAAAAGCCAAAUGGGUUUUGUACGAAGAGAAAUACCUCAACAGGCUCGUGGAGGAUAUCGUCAGCCUUGUCGACGAUCUGACAGAGUUAUUCCCAACGGUUCAGCAGGAACAACAAAAGCUAUGCGAGGCCGAAGUGAGCGAGCUGGCGAAGUCCGAGGGCAGCAAUGAGUCUCUAGAGUUGUUACUGGAAAUUGUCCAGUCCCAGGACAAGGACUUGAAGGCUGCCUUGGCUGCCGCUAUGAAGCCUGAUCAGAGUAAUCCGGGUGCUACUUUCAGGAACGAUAACUGCAACAUUGGAAACCAGGCUCAAAAUGUGGCGAUUCAUGGUGGUCAGAAUUUCCAUUUUCUCAGUUAGCGUCACUUGGUUAGAAGUAUGUAGAACAGCUAGAACCGAAUAGAGCCGUUACAUCGAUAGUAGAAGACU